UACAGAUUGUAUGAUACUCACCUGACAGACAGUUCCUGCCCCACCUGGCAUCUGGAAUAAGAAAUAACCCGACACUGAGGACACUGGACCUGUCUGGGAACAAUCUGGAGGGUCCUCAUUUCGGGGAUCUGAUGGCGGCUCUGACAACAAGCCGGAUAGAGGAAUUACAAUUGUCCUAUACUCACCUGACAGACAGUUCCUGCCCCCACCUGGCAUCUGGAAUAAGAAAUAACCCGACACUGAGGACACUGGACCUGUCUGUGAACAAUCUGGAGGGUCCUCAUUUCAGGGAUCUGAUGGCGGCUCUGACAACAAGCCGGAUAGAGGGAUUACUAUUGGUUGGUAAUCACCUGACAGACAGUUCCUGCCCCCACCUGGCAUCUGGAAUAAGAAAUAACCCGACACUGAGGACACUGAACCUGUCUAAGAACAAUCUGGAGGGUCCUCAUUUCAGGGAUCUGAUGGCGGCUCUGACAACAAGCCGGAUAGAGGAAUUACAAUUGCAUAAUACUCACCUGACAGACAGUUCCUGCCCCCACCUGGCAUCUGGAAUAAGAAAUAACCCGACACUGAGGACACUGAACCUGUCUAGGAACAAUCUGGAGGGUCCUCAUUUCAGGGAUCUGAUGGCAGCUCUGCCAACAAGCCGGAUAGAGGAAUUACAAUUGUAUGAUACUCACCUGACAGACAGUUCCUGCCCCCACCUGGCAUCUGUAGUAAGAAAUAACCCGACACUGAGGACACUGAACCUGUCUGGGAACAAUCUGGAGGGUCCUCAUUUCAGGGAUCUGAUGGCGGCUCUGACAACAAGCCGGAUAGAGGAAUUACGAUUGUCCUAAUAAUCACCUGACAGACAGUUCCUGCCCCCACCUGGCAUCUGGAAUAAGAAAUAACCCGACACUGAGGACACUGGACCUGUCUGGGAACAAGCUGGGGGGUCCUCAUUUCGGGGAUCUGAUGGCGGCUCUGACAACAAGCCGGAUAGAGGAAUUACGGUGAGUAUAACA